AUGGCAUCAUCACAUAGUACACACACCGAGGCUGCAAAAAUGGAACAAAUUAUCACUGAAUUUUUUCCUAAAAGUCUUCAGAUUAUACUUGAGUCUAGGUAUCCGUUCAUGUCAUCGCGUAAUUAUAGUGGUGAACAAAUGGUAUCCACAUCUCCGUCUUCAUCUUCAUCCUCCUCCUCGAAUGUGAGGCCGAGAGAUAAAUGGUUCAAUUUAGCACUGAGGGAAUGCCCUGCUGCACUUGAUCUUUGGCACCAAAGCUAUUUGGAGCCGAUGAUUGUUGAUGUGAUUUUGGUGCAGAGGCCACCAAUUGGGUGGGAUCCUGUGAGCUAUUCCCCCAAAAGGGAGAUUGUUAGGAAUUUUUCUUCGAAGGAUCAGUGUCCAUUUAAUUGGAAUUCUGAUCAGGAGGAAUUGUUGUGUGAGGGUAAGAAUGAAAAGAUUGUAGAGAGGUGGGUAGUGCAGUAUGAGGGACGGAAGUCAAGGGAUAGUGGUUCUGGGUGUAGGAGACUUAACAAUACCUUGCAAAUAUGUUAUAAGAAAUCAAUAUUACUUUUGAGGUCUUUGUAUGCAACUGUUAGGCUUUUACCUGCUUAUAAGAUAUUCCGUGACCUCAAUUCAUCUGGGCAAAUUCAUGCAUAUACACUUACACAUAGGGUGUCUUCUUUUGUCGAGCCCUUCACACGAAAAGAAGAGGCUGAAAUGCAGCGAUUUGUAUUCACCCCUGUGGAUACAUCCUGUGGCAGGCUUUGCCUUUCGGUGCUGUAUCGCUCAUCAGUAUCGGAUGUCAGCUCUGAGUCGUCAACUCCUAUGUCCCCCCAAUUUAUCCCUGAUUAUGUUGGGAGCCCAUUGGCGGAACCACUGAAGAGAUUCCCCUCUCUUCCCGUGUCACAUGGUUCUCCAUCAUCUUUGCCAUUCUCAAGACGACAUAGUUGGAGUUACGACCUUAAUAAUGCCUCACCACCUUCAUUCCCUUUCUCGCCAUCACCUACUCGUUUAGAAAAACAUAUAUCAAUCUCUAAUCCAAGUUCCCGCAGAUUCCAACCUAUGAACUUGCCUCCUCAUCCACCUGAAGUGCCUUCAGUUCAUACGAAGAAAACGAGCUUUGAUGAAUAUUAUCCUUCUCCUAACUACACACCAUCUCCAUCACAAUCACCACCAAUCUACAUUCCUGGGAGUAAUCUUUCCAAGGAUCUCAUACGAUCUGAAAGUGCACCUGUUAGCAUACCUGUUGUCAAGCAUGCUAGUCCUCCCCUGCUGCCCAACAAGCAAAAUUUGCCCCCAUCACCACCACUCAAAGCUACCAGAUCUGGUACUCCGAGGACUGAUAAAAGUAUAGGUUUGGUUCACACUGGUGCAACGGUUGAAAAGCUGUUCUCUCUUGGGAGAGAUGACAUUAGAAAAUAUUCGAGCUCGAAAAUGUCAUCCAACAGCUCUCCUCAGAUUUCAUUUUCCAGAACUUCCAGCAGGUCAUAUCAGGAUGAUUUUGAUGAUUCUGAGUUUCCUUGCCCUUUUUUUGAUGUGGAGUAUGAUGAUGGGAUGGAUCCAGGUAGCAGGGCCGAGUCCUUGGAUAAAAAAGGCCAUCUUUUUGACCCGUCUGAGCCUGGAGUUCUCUUUCCAGUUAAAAAAUCCCAAGAUGCAGCUGUUGGUGCUCUUGUACGCAUGCUGAAGAAUGCCCCACCUUUACACCAAGACUUCUCUAGUUCCGGUGAUUUGCCGCCAGACUCGAGGUCCAAAACAUGGAGCAGGAACCUCCAGGAAUGCAAUCCAGUCUCUGGAGCACCAGCAGGUCAGCAGGCUGCUGCUUCAGGUGUUGCUUCUUCCGGACUCGUUGCAUCAAAGACAACGGCUGAUGCAUUGGAAGAACUCCGCAGCUACAAAGAUAUGAUGAAAGACUUGUUGCUUAGCCAAGCUGACAGGUCCAACACUUCUGCUAAUUGUGCUUCAAUGCCAAAUCCUACAAGCAGCAGUGCAACUGGAUGUUGA